CGUCCAUCGGCCUCCCCGUCCUCGCCGUCCCCCUUCCCCCUUCCUCUUCUUCUUGCCCUUUUCCUCGCGUGCUUCUCGCCUCAUGUCCGCCAAUCCGGCCCCGGCGGACGCCGGCCCGCAGCGCCGGCGCAUCCCCAUCAUGGCCAAGUCCAAGACGUACCUCGAGCGCCAGGAGCUGCUCCAAAAGUACUCGCACCUCCCCGGCUUCGAGCCGAUGCCCAACGAGGGGAACCUGACCGAGAAGUCGGGUCUGAGCGAGGAGCGCCACAUGUUGGCCACCUCGGCCGCCGGGCAAAAGCUGACCGACGCGGAGCUUCGUGACUUGACGCCCGCCCAGCGGCAGCUCCUGCACAAGGAGUAUUCCGAGGCGGUGUUGGCCCGGUCGUCCAUCCUCCGGCCGAAGACCCUGAGCCGGCUGCACAGUGCCGCGGUUUUCGGCAGCGUGGGCAUCGGCGUGUACUUUGUCUUCCUGGCGGACUUCGGCCAGCGGGACCAUGCAUUUGUUGGCGUCCGCCGGUAUGUGGCCUCCACCGUGGCCACUCUCCUGUCGAAGCCCUUCACCCUGGGCGGGGUGGUGGGUCAUCCGCGCGGGGCUGACGGCCAGCCGGAUGGCGGACCGGCGGGCCAGCCCCGGCGGACCUCCAGCAACCGCCUCCCGAAGCAUCCCUUCGACCGGGCGGUCAUGAUCAACCAGGCGGUCAUCCUGUCCAACCAGGCCGCCGAUGCCGACCCGGAGCUGGCCAAGAACCGCGAAGUGUGCCAGUAUGUGUCGCGUCAGGUGCUGGCCGGUGCCGGGGGGCCUGCUCCUGUCCGUGACCAGGCCCCCAGCGUGGUGGCCUCCACCCUUGCCAACCUGCGUCCGGGCUCCACCGGCACCAGCGACACUGGCCUGUCCUUGCAGGACCUGUUGCAGAUGCACCAGGCCGCGGAAUCGGGCGCGGUCGCGGUCGCGGCGUCUGCGCAGUGAGAUCCAUUUUGCUUCCUCUUUUUUUCUAGAUAGGUGGGGUGGUGCGCGCAGCCGGCGCAGAGACCCUGCUCUGUUCAGCAUCAUAUACACACCGGCUUUUCC